CCAGCUCCAGCGACGGGGGAGAAGCCGGGCCGGGGCCGGAAGGAUGGCGCGUGGCAAGGCAAGGCGGUGCACACCACCAUGAAGCGUGUCAAAGUGUACCGGUUAAAAGAUAAUGGGAAGUGGGAUGAUCAGGGAACGGGUCACGUGACCAUUGACUAUAUAGAGGGGUCAAGAGAACUUGUUCUGGCUGUUGUGGAUGAAGAGGAUAAUGACACCCUACUGCUUCACAAAAUCACUCCUGAUGAUAUCUACAGGAAACAAGAAGAAACAAUCAUCUCAUGGAGGGAUCCUGAAAAGGCACUAGAAUUAGCUCUGAGCUUCCAAGAAGCUGAAGGAUGCUCAUACAUAUGGGAGAACAUGUCUAAUAUACGGGAAGACCUACAAUCUAAGAUCCUUCGCUCUCAUGCUGCUGGUCCAAAGCCAGCACUGAAAUCUCUAGUACCCUCAAGAGGUUCGCUUUUGCAUGAUAAGUCCUUAAGUUCUGUUAAUGCUGAAUUGAAGGAACUUCCUCCUCUUGAGUUGUCCAGUCUUUCUGCUAUUUUAAAGACUAUAUUGCAAUGUGGCAUGGAGGAAAAGAUGCGUGUCGCAGAUUUAAUUUCAAAAGAUCGCGAUUUUUUCCCCAAGAUAGUGAACCUUUUCAAAACGUGCAAGGAUACAGGAGACAUGGAUGGUCUCCAUAUGAUCUUCAGAUUAGUCAAGGCAAUCAUAUUGUUGAACAGUUCUGCCAUAUUUGACAAGAUUCUCUCUGAUGAAUUUAUUCUUGACAUAAUUGGUGUCCUUGAAUACGAUCCAGAGGCUCAUAUUGUGCAACGUCAUCGUGCAUUCUUGAAGGAUCAUGCAGUUCUCAAGAAGGCCAUACCCAUUAAAAAUGAUUCUGUGGUGUCAAAGAUUCAUCAAACAUACAGAAUACACUAUAUAAAGGAUGUUAUAUUGCGGAAAGUACUGGAUGAUGCUACUCUGAAAAGCCUUAACACAAUUAUUCAUGCGAACAAUGCUUUUGUUGUUUCUUUCCUGAAGGAUGAUCCUUAUUUUAUCCAAGACCUGUUUGAAAAGAUGAGAUCAAAUAUUUCUGCUGGAUCAAAAAGCGAACCGGUCUUUUUUUUGCGCGAGUUUUGCACUGUCAGCAAAAGCUUGCAGCCUGCUCAACAAAUACAACUAUCUAGGGAUCUGGCAGAUCGAGGUUUAUUUGAUAUAGUUUCUGAUAUGUUGCGGAGUCAGGAUAAAGUGUUUGUCUCAGCUGGGACAGACAUCCUUUUACAUUUUCUUAAUCAAGAUCCUAACUUACUGAGAUCAUAUAUCGCAAAUCAUGAAGAAAGUUCUGGAGAAGACAUUUCUCUUCUUGGGCUUCUGGUUAAAGGCAUAGUAACUGACUUCAGUGGCGAAAUGCAGUUUCUGGAAAUUCUAAGGAUCCUGCUGGAUGGAUAUUCCACAGAUACGGCUACACAAUGUUUGCAGAGAUCCAUCAUGGGGUUAAUUGACAAGAAGUACCUUGAUAAGUUGAUUGAUAUAAUAGAAUCAUCUUGUCUUCCAAAGAGCAUUGACCGAUCAACAUUUGGUUCAGUUGGUGUUGGUACAAGAGUGGAAGAAUAUUCUGCUAAGCCUGAAAUAUUGCUUCACAUUUGCGAGUUCUUAUGCUUUUGUGUAGUUCAUCACCCCUACAGGAUGAAGGUCAACUUUUUAAAAAGCAAUUCAAUGGAGAAAAUUCUUAGUCUAACCCAUCAAAGAGAGAGGUUUUUGGUUGUGGCAGCUGUCCGUUUUAUGCGUACUGUUAUUGGUACAAAUGAUGAGCUUCUAAUUAGCCAUGUUAUCAAGCUCAAAAUGUUGAAACCAAUUAUUGAAGCAUUUGUUGAAAAUGGGAAUAGAGACAACUUGCUACAAUCCACGAUUCUUGAGCUGUUGGAAUACAUAAGAAAGGAAAAUAAAAAAUCCCUUGUUCUAUAUGUCGUGGAAUCCUUUUGGAAGCAACUUGUGAAGUUUGGGCACCUAGGGAGCAUUCAGGCUUUCAGACUCAAGUAUCAAGAGUUCGUGGAUAGAGCUGAAACAGAGGAAACUACUGGUGUGGGUCACAUGAGAAAGAAGGCAGAGGAAAGAGGUCUUGAUAAAGAGGAGGAAGAUUAUUUCAAUACAGACAGCAAUGAAGAAGAUUCUUCUGCGCAGACCACACAAGCACAACAACAAUGGGUUAAGCCAGGUGAUAGAAGUGAAACCCAUCACAUCCCUGCAAGGCCAAAAUCUAGUGGUCUUGUGGAUCUUGAUGGCGACAAAGAUUACAACCCACCUCCCAAAAGACCUGUAGAAGCUGAUGAAGCCUUAAAUAUACCCAUGGCGAGGCACAGGUCAUUGGAUGGCAAAGUUAAAGAUGGGAAUGUUCGGAAGAAGCCCAGGCUAGAAGGUACAAUUAGGUUCUCUAAGAUUAAUGUACUGGCUAACGUGGCUGGCAAACACCUGGAUCUGGAAGAUGCGCAGCCUCCGCUCUCACCUGCCUCAAGCACAAUAAACUCUGACGGCAAUGUUGGUGUAAGGGAGGCAAGCCCGGGCUCUCCAAAUCAGCAACCACCAGAAAGCUUCGAUUACAUUGCUGGGGACUCAUGUUCUGAGAUGGUUGUAGAUGCAGCAGAAGCAACCGACUCUGAUCCUUAGAGCAAGGUGGCAGUCAUUUUUCUCUGUCAAUAGGUUCAACCCAACCGUCUUUCCUUGCAGCUACAAGAAAAUGAACCACAUUUGGUUCUGAAGAAGGCUAGAUCCACACAAAGUCUGCAGGCUUGACGGAAGUGACUUGGACUGGAAGUGUAGAAUUGACCUUCAAGGACAGACUAUGAAGCUGAGGACGUGUGCAGCUUUUGGCACGACAAUAUAGGAAAUUUUGGUUGCAUUAGCA